GCAGCCUGGAAAAGCUGUAGCUGAUACCUCCUGCUGCUCCCAUCUAUCUGCCGGCUCUGGCAGGAAGAUUCCUUCUCCUCUCUCCUCCAAGGCCCUGGGCGACAAAGCCUGCGCACACCGCCACCAUGCGGCAGAAGGCGGUAUCGCUCCUGCUGUGCUAUCUGCUGCUCUCGGCCUGCGGGCAGGUGGAGGCAGGCCAAAGGAGAGACUCGGAGGACAGCGACUCGGGCUCCGGAGGGUGGGGCGCGCUGACCUACAUGGCCAUCGGAGGAGGAGCCCUGGCCCUGGGGCUGCCCGCGCUGGGCUUCACGGGCGCCGGCAUCGUUGGCGGCUCGGUGGCCGCCAAGCUGAUGAGCUGGUCGGCCAUCGCGCACGGGGGCGGCGUGCCCGCUGGAGGGCUGGUGGCCACGAUGCAGAGCUUGGGGGCUACUGGCGGCAGUGCCCUCAUGGCCAAGGUCGGUGCCUUUAUAGGCUACAUUGUCCACGGGCAGAUGGACAGCAAGGGGGAAAAGGAGGAAGAGGAGUGAACAGCUUCCGGGACACCCGCCCCCCGCCCUGCUGCUUCCAGCUGAAGUCCAGAGCUUCCUCUGUGACACUCGUCCGUGACCGAGGCGAAAAAGAGAAUAAAUGUCUCUCAGAAAACA